AUGUGGCAUGUGCCUGAGGGCCGGCCGUAUCCUUACAUGGUCCACCACCUCAUGGAGCAGACCAAGGUGAUGAACGUGAAGCGGGUUUGCAAGGUGGGGGACUCUGUUCGGGAUAUCGAGGAGGGCCGCAAUGCGGGCUGCGGCUUGGUGGUGGGCGUGCUCAGCGGCGCGGACAGCUUCGCGGAGCUCAUGGCGGCGGGCGCCCACGUGGUCUGCGAGCGGGUGACGGACCUCCCCGUGCCCAAGCGCCAGCCGCUGCUCAACAACCAGCGGCUCCCCGACUUCAGCUGA